CCAUCUCCUUGUACCAUUCGAGCCACAGCAGGGUCAGUAUAGACUUAAUUUAGAUGAUAAUAAUGGUAUGUUGUCAACAGUUUUGAAAUAUUAUGAGUAAUAUUCACACACUGGACAUUUUAUAGCCAUUGUUUUUGUGUUAAUGGAUAUUGGUGUCACUCGAUCAGAUCAUAGUAACUACCACUCGUAUUCUGUUGCCACUUGAAUCGCUAACGAUAGCCAGCUAGCAACAGGGUUCGUAAACGUUAUUUCAUCUGGCUACUUCAGCUAGCUAGGUAGCUAGCUAGGUAGCUAAAUGGAUAUGUUUGAUUUAGUGCCGUGACAGGAAUACUAAUAUUUAGUUCGUCCGAUUUCACUCCCACGAUAUCCCCUUACCCAACCACGAUUAUAAAGCCUUAGAAUUGAUCGCAUCUGAGCAAGGAGGAGGGAGUUAACGCUGCUGUUUUGGGACCCAAUGUCGCCGUGAGGAGAGAAGGGCAGGCUGAGACUGAUCACUCUGUAAACGAGUGGGGCCGAAAAAGAAAGAAACUGAAAGAGUGAGAGAACAAUACUCCAGUGUAACAGAUUUCAGUGGAACCCGACAGCCAGACGGUUGCCAUGUCGACCUCAUCGCUACGGCGACAAGUAAAGAACAUUGUUCACAACUUCUCAGAGGCCGAGAUCAAGGUGCGGGAAGCGACUUCCAACGACCCAUGGGGCCCCAGCAGCUCUCUGAUGUCAGAGAUCGCCGACCUGACCUAUAACGUGGUGGCUUUCUCUGAGAUCAUGAGCAUGGUGUGGAAACGCCUCAACGACCACGGCAAGAACUGGAGACACGUCUACAAGGCUAUGACUCUUAUGGAGUACCUGAUCAAGACGGGCUCAGAGCGUGUGGCUCAGCAGUGCAGAGAAAACAUCUAUGCUGUCCAGACCCUCAAGGACUUCCAGUUCAUCGACAGAGACGGCAAGGACCAGGGGGUGAAUGUGCGGGAGAAGGCCAAACAGCUGGUAACACUCCUGAAGGAUGAGGAGAGACUACGAGAGGAGAGGAUCCAUGCGCUUAAGACCAAAGAAAAGAUGGCACAGACCACCAGUGCGUCCUCGGCCCCCUCAGCGCCUGGCCUGGGGGGCGGGGCUCAAGGCUCCCACUCUGGAGGGGCGGAUCCGGAGCAGGCAUGGCCACAGAGCUCUGGGGAGGAGGACCUGCAGUUACAGCUGGCUCUGGCCAUGAGCAAGGAGGAGGCGGAACAGACUAGCGUGGCCCCUCUGGAGGACGCAGAGCUCCGCUAUGCACUCACACUCAGCAAGGAAGUACAAGAACAGGAGGAGAGGCUGCGCAGGGGGGAUGACCUGAGACUGCAGAUGGCCAUCGAGGAGAGCAGGAGGGAGAAGGCCAAGCCAGAGGAGAGUGCGUUAAUGGAGCUGAGUGCUGUGGACCCCUGGGGGGCUCCUGCUGCCGUCUCCGGGGGCUCUGCCGGCCCCUCUCCCCCUCCUUCAGUCCCUCUCCCAGCACCCUCUGGCCCCUGGGGCCUGGCCCCUGCGGAUCCCUGGGGGGCUUCAUCGCCUGCCUCACCCCCGGGCGUAGACCCAUGGGCAAGUGGCGGAGCAGCCCCCCCUACAAUACCCCCCCAGUCAGACCCCUGGGGGGAGACGGCGUCCUCCAAAGCCAACUCUGUGGACCCCUGGGGACCAUCGGCUGUGACCCCCCCCAGUGUCGACCCCUGGGGCCCCUCUGUGUCCCUCUCCACCUCUUCCUCUUUUGGGGGGCCAAUAGAUCCCUGGGCUGGGGACAGGGUUGACCCCAUCAUCACCUCUGACCCAUGGAGCGACCCUGCCAAACACACUAAUGGCACAGGACACUCAGAACUGCGAGGUCAGUUAACGGGUGAUAGUGCAGGUUCUCCGGUGCCCUUUGACCUCACGUCUCUGGGCACGUCACUUCCAGUCCGUAAGACUCCAGAGUCAUUUCUGGGACCCAAUGCAUCUCUGGUUGACCUGGACUCCCUGGUGUCAUCUAAGCCCAAACCGAAACAAGCACCUCCUCCCUCCAUCUCCUCCUCCUCUACACACAACCCCUUCCUCCAGACAACAGGCUCAUCUCCAGCCCCAGGCAUGGCAGUCACCCCAGGAAGCACCAUCUCCAGCAGGGGGGUCUCUCCAACGCCACCCCCCACCUCUAAUCCAUUCGGCGCAGCAGCCUCCAUGUCCUCCAUCUCCCCACAGCCCUCCACACUGGGGCUCAGUGGCCUCCGCUCCAGUCCUGUACCGCCCAACCCCAUGGCAUACCCUGGCAUAGCCUACGGGCCUAUGAGUAUUGGAGCACCAGUCCUGGGUAUGGGAAUGAUGCAAAGCCCCAUGGGAAUCUCCCCGUACGGCGGGCUCUCGCCCAUGGGUCCUCCUGGGUCUUCGCACUUCAUGGGGCCCGGAGGGGCUCCACCCCCACAGCUGAAUUUUGGGGGGCCUACAGGGGCGGCGGGUGUAAUGGGGGCCGGAGGAGCAGUGGGUGGAGGAGCAACAGGAGCCAGCACCAAUCCAUUUCUUCUUUGAGAACUUUUGGACACUGCCCUUUGCUGUUCAACACCCAAGUCCCCACCCGCCCACCUGAGCGAUACUCCCUGAACACAAACAGUUUUUGUCCAAAAAGAAAUCUGUGUACAUCUCUAUUUAAAGAAGAAAAAAAAAAA